UGUGCUGUGUCCCUCGGACACAGCGGAUCACCGAUCAACGGAAAGAGCCGAAGAUGUCGGCUCGGUCAUGUGAUCAGCUGUGUCUAAUCACAGCUGAUGGCAUGGGACAUGUACACUGAUCAUCAGGGCACUGAUGAUAAGUGUGCCCUGAUGAUCUGUGUAGCCCCAGCAGUCCCAGCUGUCAGUGUCCAUCAGUGCCAGCUGUCAGUGUCCAUCAAUGCCAGCUGUCAGUGCUCAUCCAUGCCACCUGCCAGUGCCCAUCAGUGCCACAUAAAUGCCAUAUAUCAGUGCCUACUAGUCCACAUCAAUGCCACAUAUCAGUGCCCAUCUGAGCUGCCUUUCAGUGUCACCCAUCAGUGCCACCUAUCAAUGCCAGUCAGU